AUGUCCCCCACCAAAAUCAUCGCCGUCCUCGGCGCAACAGGCAACCAAGGCGGCUCCGUCGCCGACGUCUUCCUCUCCAGCCCCGGCUGGUCCGUCCGCGCCCUCACCCGCAACACCACCAGCGCCAAAGCCCAAGCCCUCGCCUCCCGCGGCGCCGAGCUCGUCCGCGCAGACAUGGACGACCCGGCCACCCUGUCUGAGGCCUUUGCAGGCGUCCACGCCAUCUUCGCCGUGAGCGACUUCUGGGGCCUGUACGGCGACCCGGCGAACAAGGACCGGCCCGCGCCCGGGCAGCCGCUCAACGUCUGGGCCGCGGAGCACGAGGUGCGGCAGCUGAAGAACGUGAUUGAUGCGGCGGCCGAGGUUGACUCGCUGGAGAGGUUUGUGUUUUCCGGCUUGUCGAAUGCGACGAAGUGGUCUCGGGGGAAGUACACGCACGUGUACCACUUUGAUUCCAAGGCGAGGGCGGAGGAGUACAUCAGGGAGACGUAUCCGGCGUUGUGGGCCAGGACGAGCGUCUUUCAGGCGGGUUUGUUUCUGAGCAACUUUGUUGGCAAUCCGAUUAUGCGGCCCGUCAAGAACAAGGAUGGCGUUGCGCAGUUUAUCGGCAACAUCGACGUCGACGUCAAGCUCCCGUUCAUCGCCGCCGAAGAAGACUCGGGCCACUUUGUGAAAGCUCUGGUGCAGGAGCCGGCGGGCAAGAACGUCAUCGGAUACAGGGAGUGGCUCACCCAUCGCGAGCUCGCGGCCAUCUUCAGCCAGGCGACGGGCAUUCCGGCCGAGGCUGUUCAGUUGCCCGAGGGCCAGUCCAAGGUUGCGUCGCCGCCGGAGCUCAAGCUGGAGCUGGAUGACAACUUUGCGUACUGGAACGAGUUUGGGUACGAGGCGAGGGAUGAUCCUACGGUGAUUCACCCGCGAGAUUUGGCGACUCUUGGAAAGCUUGAUACUGUGUACAAUUACUUUAAGAAGUUUGACUGGGCCAAGAUCUUGGACGAGGCAUAG